AUGAUGGUCAGUCUAAUCUAUGACAGCCCCAGUACAUGGAGCCCAAGCACCUCUGGUCAAAACUAUUAUCGGCCCCAGUGCAGACAGCCCCAGCAAUACAUGCUCGAGCACCUUCUCGCCCAUCACGGUAGGCCCAAGCAAGGCUGUUCCCCAGUACAGACAGGCACUCUCAGCACCGGAACACCCACUAGCACCAGCACGGGCAGUCCAUCCGCCGCUGGCCAUGUCCAACUACCACUUGAGACUGAGACUCAAGUACCAGCACGGAAAUUCCAACAACACGGUCACCCAGUACCAAACAACAAUACUGUUGCCUCGUACCGAGCGACAGCCCAACAACUGACGCCCCAAGCAUGCAACAGAGUUUCACAAGGGCUGACAAGCACUGUGAUCCCCAAAUCAGAUCUGUUGCAACGAGCAAACCACAACCGAUCGCAGCUCGAUAAAGCUGUUUCAACCAGCCCAUGGCCCUGGGCACCAAACCAUGGUCCCCACACUACUGGUUCCAUGAAUUGA